AUGGCUAUCCUUUGGAGACACAGGAUCCGCAGUGUUCUCGUUACGUCAAUGAAGAAGAAGGAAUCUACGACCAUUCCGAGGGUGUGGAAGCGGGAUACUGCUGCAAUCCAUUUCCACCAAAGACCGUCGUCCACUCUGCACCCAGCCAUGACGGCGCCCCAACCUUCGCUGCGUACUCAGUCUUUGAACAUACCCCCAGAAAACUCCGAAACCGCAGUCCGACCUCUGCGCCCUCCGUUGGGCAUCGCCAUUUACGACACGACACAUAACGCUCAUCCUGCCCGCAGCGCUCGCCUAGCACGCGCUGUCUUUGAUCGUACCUCUCAGUACCGCCAACGUCGAGACUCCAGACCAGACCGAAUUGAAGUGAUCACACUUCCCUUGUCUCUAUCAUUAACAGACGCCGAACGUGCGGAAAUCUGCGCACGUCACCAUGAGAAGGAGGUCUGCAGCCGUAUGUUGAUGCUUGAUUAUGGUGAGGCAGUCUCGUGUUUUUUGCCUGGACCUGUUAUGGAAUGGCAGUAUGCGCGGAAGAUCUUUGCUAUUAACCGCUUGGACGAUAACGACAAUUAUGAGGUCGAGGUGGCCGCUUGGGAGGAGUCGUUGAACGAGGCAGAGAGUAUCGUUGAAGAGAAAGCCCGCUGGAAUCCCCAGGCGAGCCCUGGAAGCUUUCUUACCAUUGAGUGGCAACCCCGUAAGGAUGCGUGGCCCUUCCGCUUAGGCAGCGCUUUUGACCCCCAAAAGGAUAGGGAGAUGGUAGAGUAUUGUUAUGGGCUCGAGGCUCUGGGGUAUGAGUUGAUGGAGGUGACAGCUGCGAAUUCCGUCUAUUACAGCCACUUCGUAGGUGACGGCGUUCUUGAUUUCCUACUGAAGAAGGCUAGGCUAGAAUGA